AUGCCGCCGCAGUAUAACCAGAACUACUAUCAACCGCAAAUACCUGUCGCACUACCAGUCGCAAGUCAAGGCCCCGAGCCUUUGAGCCCGAACAACUGUUACCUGUCCGUCCGCCAACAGCCUAAAGAGGCACUGGUCGCGGUCAAGAGCAAGGAAAAGUUCCGGAAGCCUGUGGAUCCUCCACCCAUUCUCCAGCUCCACCUUCGGGAUCGCGUUGAUGCCUCGAACAGCUUCUUACAAAACCCCUACAUCUUCCUCAGUGCAUCCCUCUACAAAGCGGACAGAGAUGAGCCUGUCGAGCACACUCCCAAUGAAUCCAUGGCCGGCACACUGGUGUCGUCCCUGCAUCGUCUUAAGGAUGUCGAUAACAAGGACGGCGGUUUCUUCGUCUUCGGCGAUAUUUCUAUCCGGAUUCAGGGCAGCUUCAGACUGUGUUUCUCCAUGUACGAGUUCCACCCUUCACGUGGGGAGAUCCAGAACCUCGGCUCUGCACUGAGUGAUAAGUUCGACGUCGUACUUCCCAAAGACUUCAAGGGUCUCGAAGAGUCGACGUAUCUCUCGCGAGCGUUCUCCGACCAGGGCGUUCGACUCAGGUUGCGCAAAGAAGCUAGAGGGAUGAUGAACAACAAGCGUUCGUUCCAGGCAGACGCAGAGCCUGCCUCCCAGACACAGAUCGCGCCCAGCUACGAGUUUCAGUCUUCCAAGAGAAGAAGGGAAGAAUACAUCCUUCCCAUAAACCCCGAACCGACCACACAGGCACCCAUCGACCAUCCCGCCUACGACUACGAGCAGCCAUCCAAGAGGAGGAGAGAAGACUCUGGCUAUAUCCUGCCUACCAACUUGGGCAGUGACCCCCCAUCUCUGCCAUCGUACCCACAACAUGGCAUGAAUCUCUACGCUUCCUCCACUCUCGCACAACCACCACGGAUGCCAUUCCACCCAGGUCAUCCAGGUCAUCCAGGUCACCCAGGUCACCAGGUGUACAACAACCCCAUGAACUAUAACAUGGUAACCUCCUUCGUCGAUCAACCAAAUGUUGAUCCAUGGGAUCAGAAGAUCCAACAGGAGACGGAUUAUAAGGUCUAG